AUGCCCUUCAAAGUGGAACACUGCACAAAAGCAAAAGAAUUUUUCGUCUUAUUGAACAACUCUCGAUCAGUUCUUCAAUAUGCCGAGUUAUCAAAUAAAGUGAUCGACUUUUACCAUACUGAGGUGCCACCCGAGCAACAAGGCCAAGGAAUCGCUAAAGAUCUUGUCAAGGAAGGUUUAACCUACGCCAAGCAAAAUGAGUUUACGGUUCGUCCAACUUGUUGGUAUGUGGCAAAGUACAUCAAUCAGAAUGGAUCCGAGGGAGCUCAAGUGGAAAAAAGU